AUGGAUCCAUACUGUAAACCAUCUCCAUCCUAUACCUCACAUUCUACCUCACCAACGUUACCUUCACUGUCAAGCAGUACAGCACAAUCCCCGACGAAUCUUGAGGUUACCGAUGAGGAACUACAACGAAUUUCUGUUCGUCAACUGAAUCAACGUCUCCAGGGACAUGAUCGACAAGUAGUGACAAUGCUGAAACAAAAGCGUCGAACACUAAAAAAUCGUGGAUAUGCUCUGAAUUGUCGAGUGCGUCGGAUCCAGAACCAGCUACAACUAGAAGCAGAUAAUAUACAACUACGAGAUCAGAUCCGCAGCUUGGUACAAACGUUAUCCGAUGUACAAGCACGUCUACAGUACUACGAACCAGCAUUCAUGUUACAUGACUACGCAUACGUACAACCAACGAUGCCAAUGACAUAUAAUCCUGGAGCACAUCUAUUCACAACAACAACCGUCGCACAUACAAAUAACACAGUCACAUCAAUUUGUCAAAUGCCACAACAACAAUAA